AUAGGAGGCGGGGGCGGGGCUGAGAAUGCUUUGAACACAGAUGCGGAGCGGCUCUUCUGCUGUGAGCGGAGCGCCAGUGAGACGAACAGAACCAUGACUGCGAACGCAUACGACGUGAUUGUGAUUGGCGGAGGCAUCUCAGGUCUGAGUGCCGCCAAGCUGUUGGUGGAGAGUGGCCUGAAUCCUGUGCUCCUGGAAGCCAGAAACCGUGUUGGUGGAAGAACCUACACUGUUCAGAAUAAGGAGGCCAAAUGGGUGGAUCUGGGAGGAGCGUACAUUGGGCCCACUCAAAACCGCAUCCUGAGGAUAGCCAAACAGUACGGCGUGAAAACAUACAAAGUCAACGAGGAGGAGUCUCUGGUUCACUAUGUGAAGGGCAAAUCAUAUCCAUUCAAAGGGUCUUUCCCUCCAAUGUGGAACCCUCUUGCCUACCUGGACUACAACAACCUCUGGAGGACAAUGGACAAGAUGGGAAUGGAGAUUCCUAAAGAAGCUCCAUGGAGGGCCCCUCACGCGGAAGAGUGGGACAAGAUGACCAUGCAGCAACUCUUUGACAAAAUUUGUUGGACCAGCUCUGCUCGUCGCUUUGCCACUCUGUUCGUCAAUGUGAACGUGACCUCCGAGCCCCAUGAGGUGUCUGCUCUGUGGUUCCUUUGGUACGUCAAGCAGUGUGGAGGCACCAUGAGAAUCUUCUCUACCACAAAUGGGGGCCAGGAGCGCAAGUUUGCCGGAGGUGCCAAUCAGAUCAGCGAGGCAAUGGCGAGAGAGCUGGGUGACCGUGUGAAGCUGGGCAGAGCUGUCUACAGCAUUGACCAGACUGGAGACCUGGUGGAGGUCAGGACCGUUAAUGAGGAGAUAUACAAGGCCAAAUAUGUUAUACUUGCCAUACCACCAAGCCUGAACUUAAAAAUCCAUUUCAACCCUGAACUACCGCCUCUGAGGAACCAGCUCAUUCACAGAGUCCCCAUGGGCUCAGUCAUCAAAUGCAUGGUGUACUACAAAGAGAACUUCUGGAGGAAGAAGGGAUACUGUGGCACCAUGGUGAUUGAGGAGGAGGAAGCACCUAUUGGUCUCACUCUUGACGACACUAAGCCUGAUGGGUCUGUGCCUGCUAUAAUGGGUUUCAUCCUGGCACGAAAAUCCAGGAAAUUAGCAGGCCUGACGAAAGAGGAGAGAAAGAGAAGGAUCUGUGAGAUUUAUGGUCGUGUGCUUGGCUCAGAAGAAGCGUUAAAUCCUGUGCACUACGAGGAGAAAAAUUGGUGUGAGGAAGAGUACUCUGGUGGCUGCUACACUGCCUACUUCCCCCCUGGUAUCAUGACACAGUAUGGCAGGGUUCUGAGGGAGCCGGUGGGCAGGCUGUACUUUGCAGGAACUGAAACGGCCACAGAGUGGAGCGGUUACAUGGAGGGGGCCGUGCAAGCUGGAGAGAGAGCCAGUAGAGAGAUUUUGUGUGCAAUGGGAAAACUCCAUGCGAGUCAGAUCUGGCAGUCAGAGCCUGAAUCAUUGGAUGUCCCGGCCCGGCCAUUUGUCACCACAUUCUGGGAAAGGAACUUGCCAUCGGUUGGGGGAUUCUUUAAAUUCAUGGGCGUGUCCUCCUUCCUGGGUCUGGCCACAGCAGCAGGAUUGGUUGCCUACAAGAAGGGGCUCCUCCCACUUUCUCCACCUGUUCUCUGAGCUGGCCUUGUGAUUGUGGCGUUCACUCACCUGAUCACGGUCAUAACGCUGCCUGGGUGUGUGGCAUGGUUACUUAGAGGAGAAUUGACACACAAUUGCUCAGUCAUAGUUAAAAAUUAACCAAGUGAUUAUUAUGGAAUAAUGAGUAGCUACUAAUUGAUAAUGUGGGAGUUUUUGCCCUAUCAAAGAGUUCACUAGCCACAUUAAAGGAACCGAGCAUGUGACAUUCCACAACCAUUUAUUAUGUGUGAGAGCGUGUGUGUUUUUCACCAGUCUUAUUGAUUACCUCUGCUAAUUUCAGGUGCUGUUCUCAGGAACUCGUUAAUUAACCUUCCGAAAUAUUGAAGUUAACAUUACAGAGAUUAGAUUAGCAUUUAGCAAUGCAUUUUAUGGUACUCUAUAACAGAGACUUUGAGAAUAUCUUCUCUAGAUCACUACACAACACAACACAGAAGCUGUAUUAGCUUUAGCACAAUUCACUAUAUCAUUCGUAAGAGAAGCAGAGGCUGUUCAUAUCACAUUCAUUAUCGAUUCUCAACAUACAGUGUUACACAACAAUUAGUACAUACUGGCUUUAUGUGUCUGGUAGUAUAACGAAGUGAAGUCUAUCAGUCGUAGAGCCCUGAUUUGAAGGUUGUCCCAGUGUUUUAUAUAAUUUCUAAAAGCUGCUGUGUGAUUGAAUUAUAUGAAAGCAUUUGAAUGUACUUUUACAUCGUCAAUGUUUUUCAUGUAUACUUGAAAUAUAAAUUUGUUUUCAACCAUCCAUUGUUUAACAGUUCUCCAAUUCCAUAGUAUAUUAUUAAUAGUAAAAUAAAAAUGAUAAAAUGUAAUUAAAUGUUAAUUUGCAGAGAAAUGUAAAACCUGUUUAUCUCAA